UAGUCAAACAUGCAAGCAUAGAGUUAUUUCGAAUAAUCAAUUUAUGAAAAACACGAAUACACUAAAGAGACGCCAUUUUUACAAGAUGGAGAACAUUUUAAAAUAAUACUUACCAUUGUUUUACUAUGAAAGGUAUAUUAAACAAUUUAUUCACUAAUGAUAAACGUUUCUAUUCUUACUGUUUAGGCCUGUAUUUCAUUGACAGGCUACAUAAUACGCUUAAAUUGUAGAAGAGAUCCGAUUUCAUUGAAUCAGCAUUAUUGGUGGUAAUAUGGCCUAGCAAACCUAUCGACUCAUACUCCUAUUAUUUUUUGGCUGGAAGACUACAACGUCACCUGUACUAAAAGAAAAAGCAAUGUUAGCUUAUUCCAGUCCACAUACAAUGUUUAUAUAACCUUCUACAACCAAUCUGAAUAAAAGAAAAGAAGACAUCUUAGGAGUUUAAUUACAAGUGAAUAAGAAUUUGGUACAGUAAAUAAGGUAAAUCCCAAUAGUUAGUGGACCCGAAUUUAAUCACUUUGUGACAUAGUACGUUAGCCAUUCAAUAAUAUCCAUAGGAUUCUUGUUUUUCAAAGAAAGGUAGAGUAAUUUAAGUAUUGGAAAAUGAAUAAACCCUUUAUGCUUUAAAACACCUAAAUACAAUUUCUAUUUUUUUAAUAGGACUGAUUUGAUAUGCCAACUUUAAAUGAACCACAUAGAAAAUUGAAAUGUCUCUAUGCAGGAUACAUAUGUAUCGAAUCUAAACUCGGUAUGAGAACAAUGAAUCAGGCUAUUCAAACUGUACUAAAGAACGUACAUCCAAAUCAGUGGCUUCCAGUAUAUGUUUCAAUAUCUCCAUCAACAGUCAAUUUCUAUUAUCAAAAACAUAUUGUUGUAAAUCUUCGCGUUUGCUCAGUUCCAUUUUUUGGGAUUUACAAUAAAGAUGAAAAAAUUUGUGGUAUUAUACAACAUACAGCUGAUAAUUUAUUCUUAUGUCAUGUUUUAACUUGUCCAACAAAUGCUAUGGAAUUAUGUAAAACACUUAAAGCAGCUUGUGAAUUACGCUAUCAACAAUGUGUGGACUCAAGAAUGUUUAACACUCACAAACCAAGUAAUAAUUCAUUAGAUGAAUCAAAAACGAGAUUAGUAGAACAUUCAGAUAAGCAGAUAAAGAAUGAACAAAUUUUACACAUGAAUAUCAUCAGUCAAAUGGAAAAAGUAAAGUGUGGAUUAUUUCGAAGAAUCUAUCAACAGAAAAAUUGGGUUAAAUUUAAUUUAUUACCCUAUUCAAGUGAUGUAAGUCUAUCGGAUAAGCCAAAAUUCUACGAUGAAUAUAAUAAAGAAACUACUGACUUUCAUCAUUUAUUAUAAUUUAUAAAACUGUACACUAAUUACUGUUAUUCUUCAAGACGAUGUUAGUAACAUAAAUGUCUUACUUUUUAUGCAGUCACUUUAAUAAUGUUUAAACAAUUGCAUUG